AUGAAUCAGAACCGAAGUAAUCAAGAAAGAGACGACAAUUAUCAAAACACGGGUCGCGGUGCUCGUGGCUUUCAAAACCGACCCGCUGGCUCGGUGCAAAUGUACCCUAACCUCAAUCCGAAUUAUCAGAAUCCGGUGGACAUAGAUCACAACUAUAAUCGCAAUCGACAACCGCAAGAACCGGAGGAAAACAUAUACGAGAGAUUAGACAACGACGACGACGACGAGAACGCGGUCAACCGGGAAGUUGGCCGUAACGAACCCGUCGCGCAAAACAAUCAAAACAAUCAGGGCGACCACACGUACGAGAGAAUAGACGAUCGGUACUCCUGCAGCGGCAGAAUAUACUCUCGUUGCUAUAAGUAUCACAUUUUGAACCACAUCGCUGUGCCGAAUUUCUUGAACGACGUGGAAUCCAGAAACUCGAACCAAUACGAUCAACCGAGACAGAUAUAUCUGGACUCGUCGCGAUUAUCUAGCCAGUUCUGUCAGAAUCAGUUAGGCAGACUAGGUCGCAACUGUUUCUCCUCCGAGAACAUCGCUUACGCGUCCACCGGGCGUACCGUUCACCCACUCGGUUACAGCUGCAUGUGCCCGUUCUGCAGACACUUGGACACUAGGUAUUUGUGUCAUCAUUGCCAUAGUCUGCACAACAAGCUACGCUACCAGGAUGGACUCGCGGGUAGCUCUAGACAUUACAUAUAUCAGUUGCCGAGGAACUGCCGGUGUCCGUUCUGUCGCGGUGAAUACUAUUUCAUGAAACCGCCCGUUACGUCUUGUCGCCCCGCCGAAUCGUGGAGGAUGGAAUGCCAUUGCAGAAACCCAGGCAAUUGUUCGUGCAGAUGCAAGGUACUGUCCAAUUGUGGAUCCGCCAGUCAGGUCGGUAGAUACCUCGAUUGGAUCAACAGAGCUGGUCCGUCUGUUAACAACCCGCUCUACGCGACGAUCCACAUUGGCAGACCUUGCGUCUCGGCCCUCGCGAACGCAGCUGGCGGAGGAAACAACAUGGAACCUGGUACUUCCACGUCGAACCCGUCAGCUCCUUCCUCCGUGGCCAACGAACCCAGUACAUCCUCCAACGCUAGACCUAUGUUCUCACCCCAAAAUCCUUCCAUCUCCCGCGCUUCUCUCUGCUCCGCCAAUCGCUCCGCCGAACGGCAACAUACGUGCGACGAUUCCUGCAUCAGAAAUCAAAACGGAAGCGUCGCUGGCAUCUGUCAGCUGUUCGGCAGAUGCGAGAAAGCGGAAUGUAAUCACGGCAGAUUGUCCGUGAACUGGUGGGUUGUCAACAAAUGGCUGCCAUCUUGGAACCCAAACAAUUUCGAUAGGAACAUGGACGCCGCUCCCGCAAUGGAAGAGGAAUCGCAUAACCAGCACGAUAGCGAUAGCGACGAUGCUUAAAUUUUAACGCUGCCCUUAUCAGGUAUUGAUGUUUCAUUAUUUAAAUCCCAACGACAUUUCCGAGUCGCGAUUGUUUAAACAACACUGAACUCGAUGUACGUGUCCCUUCGUUUGUAACGAGACUAUGGUAAUGAAAUCGUUGUAAUUUGUGAUAUUCGAGGAAAUAAUGUGUACUUCUUGCGCGCUAGAGAAAUUGGAUCGAUGAUGAUGCUUUAAACUGUUUCCUUUUUGUUGAAAUGGGACGUGAUGGGAUGAUUGGUUGCUUCGAAUUUUAAGAUAAAUCAGACAGGGAUUAGGGAGGUGUUUGUUUCUUUUUUCUUGAUAUCUUCGGCUAGUACAUAUCUUCUAAAAAAUGUACAAAUGGAAUUAUAACCUAUUUUAGACAAUGGCUCUUCAGUAUUUUCUUCUUGACUUGUGGAUCAUCUAAUCUUAUAUCUUUUUUGGAACUUUCUCUUGUAGACUUUGUUCCUGUUCGUUUUUCUUUCUAUUAAGUUUGAUUUUUACUUUCUCGGAAUACUUUUGUACAUAUUUCUCUGCGUCAGUUGUAAGUGCUUUCUCAAUGAGUCACUACGUACCUAAAAUUUGUCUAUUAAUUUGAUUACUUGUAAAUUUCCACACGAAUUUUAUCUUUAGUUCUUAGCCUUCUAAAUUUAUAUAUCGUGUCUUUUAUUAUUUUAUUUUUAAUUGUUUGCAUUUAUGUUUGCGUUGUCAUAUAAUUUUAUCUAUGGAGGUUUGUGCAAUAAAGAAUCUUCGGCCGUACGUUUCCUGGAUAAAUUUAUCGCUCGAAGAUACCAACUGAAAAGAUAAUUUAUACUUUUCUGAUCCCUAUACGUUUUGUUUUAAAUGCAAAUGUUCAAUUUACCUUGAAGUAAAUUGAAACAUUCCAAGUAAUUUCUAAAUCAUCUAAAUGUAAUUGAAGCCUUUGCUCAAGAGGUAUCGCAAAUAUUUAAGAAGAGUUCAUGCAUGUAUUGACAAUAAGAUCGCUUUAUAUGUGCUCUGCUAUUCACAAAUCUUUAUACCGGAAGAUUAAAUAAACACGAAUUUCGAUCAUACGUUUGCAAGUAUGGAUCGAUUACGUGCAAAGAUAGUCGAAGUUUAGUUUUGCCAAUGCAACAAGUUAAACAAACAUAGAAACUACUAAUGCUAAUGAUGUUUUUAAUUCUUUUAUGAUCGUUUUUAAUUGUUUACCCUGCCGUACGGAAAACGCCGCCAAUUUUAUCCUGUUAAUCGUCGUUAUAAAAGACUACGUGUAUCGUAGACUAACUCUUGGAGAUGUAUGUUUUAUUGGAUAACAGUAUGAGAUGUAUAGAAAUUGUAACUUUUAUAAUUCAUCAUUGAUUCGUCAUUGUUUUUAGCAUAUUUUUACAAUUUUAGUAAUAAAGAUGUCUGAACAAGAUAAAAACACAAAUGCGUUCAUUUACAAACUAGUUUGCAUGAGAAAUAUAUUGAAAAAAACAGCAUUCGUCGGUUUUACCAAAUGUCUAAGGUUUGUUAAUCGUCUUUUAACACUAAAACUGCCAUGAUCCAUAUGCUUUAAGUUACUUAAGAUCACUCAACCAUUAACAAUGGUUUUACUGAAAUUUUUAGAGACAUCUAUUACAACAGAGAAUUAAUUUUAUUGAUAAAUUAGUUUACACCCCUCCCUCUAAUUGCAAAGAUAUCGAUGUUUGAUAAAUGUGCAUUGACCUUGAUAGUGUUAGUGUUAAACGAUUGAAGAUAUCAAAUUACUACUUUUUAUUCAAACGUGGCAAUUAUUGUAAAUACAGGUUCGUAGCAAGUACCCUCUCCGAACGACAGUGAAGUUUACCCAUAGAGUCACGAAAAAAUGGCCGCUCGCGGUCACUGAGAGCUCGUCCCUACCAUUGCAAUCGUUCGAUUCUUCGAUCGCAUCUUUCAAUAGAAAGAUAGCUGCCGCUAUAACUUGUUAACUUGUAAUAUUUAAACACUGUGAGUGUACACUAUUAGUCAGUAUUAAAUUGUCCUUAUAAAGUUUUAGCUCCCGGAUAGAAUAAUUAGGUUUUACACAGUUCUGAUCUCGACUCUACGAAUUGUAUAAUAAUCUUCAUCCUGAUCGAUCUUCACCCCGAUUCGUGUAAAUUUAGAACUUCGAUUCAAUCCGAAUGCGAACAGUUGUAAAAAAAAACAAAAAAAAAAACAAAUAUAGUUUUUCGAAGUGAAACAUAGCGCUUGGAACUUAUAAGGACAGAUUCGGACAUAUCCUUGAACACGUUAUGACUUAGGGAUUAAUCCUAAUCUAAGAUUUAUAGGUGAACGGAACGUUUCAAGCUGAAUGUACUAAAUUCCAAGAAGAUCACGCGUUGGGUUGGCUCUGAGACAUGAUAAGACUUGACGAACGUGCGAAAUGUAUAUUUAUUUUUUGUAUUUAGUAGUUCAUACUACGUAUACUCUAAGAAAUGUUUAACCGAAUAAAAAAUUAUUAAGGAG